GGUGUACCGUCUCAUUUGCGGGAAGUUUAGUUUCUUUGGCUAUGGAGCGGACUAACUCUAAAUCAACUGAAAAGAUCGUCACAGAUUAUCAAAAGGCACAUAAACGCGCUGAACUUGAACGUUUACGUAUAGCCAGAGAGCAUCAAAGGGAACUAGAAAGAAAACAAAAAAUAUUGGAGAAGGAAAGGCAACAACGAGAGAGACAAGAAAAGAGAGAUGCUGAAGAACGUAAGAAAGAAGAGAAGCGUUUGAAACGUAAGGAAGAGCAGCGCAAAAAAGAAGAGGAAAGGGAAAAUGAACGUAAAAAGAAGGAGGAAGAAAAACGCAAGAAAGAGGAAGAAAAACUGCAAAAAGAACAAGAAAGGAAAAGGGAAGAAGAUUUAAAAAGCCAAAGAGAAGAAAAACAACGUGCAGUUUUGUUAGGAUUUCUUGUGAAAUCAGAAAGCAAAAAGGAAACCAAUACCAUCUCUUGUACAGACUGUGGACCAUUUAUACAAUUUGAAGUCAGAAAAGAUAUGAGAAUGGCUCCUUUGCAUAGAAUGUCACAGGCUUUACUUUCCUCAAAACAAAGCAACAUGGAAAACUUACGACAUGCAUGGGUAAACGGAAACGACAAGGAUGCAGCAUCAUCACUUGGGUUACUUAAAUUCGGACGUGCUAACUAUCUUCAUGAACUACGAACAGGACAGAUAUUACCAUUAUCCUAUCCAAGUACCUGGCCAAUGUACGCUGCCUUAUAUAUAUAUAUAUAUAUAUAA